UCUUCUCCCGAGCGAGCUCGGCAGGAGACACAGGCGCUGGCUGCCCCGUCCGCUCUCCGCCUCCGCCGCGCCCUCCUCGCCCGAGAUGGGCCCCCCCACCGCCGCCAGAGCCAUCGUCUCCAGGCCGCCGCCGCCGUCGCCGCGCUCGCCCUGAAGCCCGGGUCCCGGCGCCCACCGGCUGGCCCCGCAGCCUCGCCCCCUGCCCGCACCGGCCGGCAGUAGAGCGGUCACGAUGCUGCCGCCGGUGCCCUCCCGCCUUGGGCUGCUGCUGCUGCUGCUCCUGUGUCCGGCGCACGUCGGCGGACUGUGGUGGGCAGUGGGCAGCCCCUUGGUCAUGGACCCUACAAGCAUCUGCAGGAAGGCACGGAGGCUGGCAGGGCGGCAGGCCGAGUUGUGCCAGGCAGAGCCGGAAGUGGUGGCGGAGCUGGCACGGGGUGCUCGGCUUGGGGUUCGAGAAUGCCAGUUCCAGUUCCGUUUUCGCCGCUGGAACUGUUCCAGCCACAGCAAGGCCUUUGGGCGCAUCCUGCAGCAGGAUAUCCGGGAGACGGCCUUUGUGUUUGCUAUUACUGCUGCAGGCGCCAGCCACGCGGUCACGCAGGCCUGCUCCAUGGGCGAGCUGCUGCAGUGUGGCUGCCAGGCGCCCAGAGGGCGAGCCCCACCACGACCCCCGGGCCUGCCAGGCACCCCUGGGCCCCCGGGCCCCACAGGCUCCCCAGAUGGUAGCGCUGCCUGGGAAUGGGGAGGCUGCGGUGACGACGUGGAUUUCGGGGAUGAGAAGUCGAGGCUCUUUAUGGAUGCUCGGCACAAGCGGGGACGUGGAGACAUCCGUGUGUUGGUACAACUUCACAACAAUGAGGCAGGACGGCUGGCCGUGCGGAGCCAUAUGCGCACCGAGUGUAAGUGCCAUGGGCUGUCGGGCUCGUGCGCGCUGCGCACCUGCUGGCAGAAACUGCCUCCGUUCCGCGAGGUGGGCGCGCGGCUGCUCGAGCGCUUCCACGGCGCCUCGCGUGUCAUGGGCACCAACGAUGGUAAGGCUCUGCUGCCCGCCGUCCGCAGCCUCAAGCCACCGGGCCGCGCUGACCUACUCUACGCUGCUGACUCCCCUGACUUCUGCGCCCCCAACCGGCGCACCGGCUCACCAGGCACUCGCGGCCGCGCCUGCAACAGCAGUGCCCCGGACCUCAGCGGCUGCGACCUGCUGUGCUGCGGCCGCGGGCAUCGCCAGGAGAGCGUGCAGCUCGAGGAGAACUGUCUGUGCCGUUUCCACUGGUGCUGCGUAGUGCAGUGCCACCGCUGCCACGUGCGCAAGGAGCUCAGCCUCUGCCUUUGACCUGCCGCGGGGCCUCUCGGAACUGAGCGCAGAGCUGCCUUUCGGUACCUGCGCGACCUCUUGGCUCCAGCAGGGGGCGCUGCCAUGACCCAGCUUUCCCCUGCGAAAGUCCAUCUCCCAGGCCUCUGGAAACCGUGAGGCCUGGAGGCUUGAGUUAUACACGCGUCCAGGAAGGCCCAGGGCACUGGAGUGGGGCCGGAGAGGCACUCUGGGGGCUUCUGGGAGAGACUAUACAGGCCCUCGCUCCUUGGCCCCCAGAUGGAAACCAAAGAACCCUUCUCUAGGCCUCUGGAUGCGGGGCUCCUCAGAACUGCUGGCCAUGGGUUGGGUGGGUGAGUUUAGUAUCAAUAAAGAUAUUUAAACCGAUAGGAUUGGGCCCACAGUUUGGGAGGAGGGCGGGUCUCUUGCGGGUUGUCAUGGGACCAGUCUCUGAAAGCAGUGUCUAAAGGGAACUAGAACUAGCAUUCAGGGCUCAACACCCUGGGUCCCUAUCUUCUCUCCUAUGGGACUGGGCCCUCCUGGCAACUGUGUUGAAGAAUGCUAAAUCUUCCCUUGGCAUUCUUGUUCACUCUUGUCACACAGUUAGGGCCUGGGUCUGCAAGCUGCGGAAGAAGUAGCAAUCCCUCUUUAAAGGAGCAGAUUGAGAGGAUCUGGGGAAAGAGGACCAGAAGCUUCCGGUGGUGCACCCAGCUCUCAGCUCAGCCCUCAUCUUAAUCCUAGGGGAGUGUGACACUUCUAUCUGCCCUUCUGUUUCUGUGACCUUUGGGGAAUUCGUGGGUAGACUUUUAGGGUCACUCAAGCCCAUAGGAUUAA